GGGAUGUUUGUAUAUAUACAAGAAGCGAUGUUGGGAUCCUUUUGCCGCAGAUGAUUUUUCUUGCUUUUUUCGAUUUCUUCUCUGCCUUGCAGCAGCUGCUUCUGCACCCCAAUUCAUCUUCGAUUCCUUCAAUCCAGCCGAUUUCUUUCAAGGGAGGAGGAUGGAGAGGAGCGUAGGAUCGGGAGGAGUGUUGAAGAAGAAGAGUUCGUCGGGGUGUUUGAUCAUCAAGCAGAACAGGAAUUCACGAGGAUUGGGGGAUUUGGCGAGCGUUAAUGGCGGUAAAGAGAAGAAACGAGCGAGAGUGGCUACGAGUUCUUCUUCGAGCUCGAGCGACGAGGACGAGUCGUUGGAGCUGAUGAGAAGGAGAGUGAAUGAGAGGAGGCUGCACAAUGGUUCAUCGAUGGUGGGGCACCAUAAGAGUGGGUAUGCGUUUGAGAACAGGGACAAUGUAGGAACCGAGAGGAAGAGAAGUAGGUUGGACUUAUUUGAUUUCGACGAGUAUGACGAAUUUGAUAUCAACAAGGCAAGAAAUGAGUAUCCGGAGAAUAGGUUUAUGCCGGUAGGGGUUGGAGUUGGUUCAUCACAGAAAAGGAAUUUGGUGGUUGAUAAACGAAGGCGGGGUUUGAAUUUCAAUAGUUUGAGGAGUAAAGGGGUGGAGUUAGAGGAUGAUGAUGCAAACAUGCCGAUUUCGUUGUUGAGGUUGAAGUGUAAGGAGAAUGGCGACAAGCCGAUCAGAUUGCAGGGGAAGAAUGGUGUUCUUAAGGUAAUGGUGAAUAAGAGGAAAAAAAUGGAUUUACCUUCUCAACAGAAGAGUUAUGACAGUCGAGGUGUUAAUGAGAGGGAAAGCUCGUGGUCAGAUGACGGUGCCAAGAGGGACUUAUUGCCGCGAUCUCCGAUGUAUGCUGUAACAAAUUUACCUGAAAACAAAGGGAUGUUCGUUGACAAGGAGAAGAGUGUCGAGAAGGUAAAAAGGAAGGGAAAAAAAUCGAACAAGGUUAGUAGUAAGUCUGAAGAUUCAGAUGAUGACAAAGGGACCGAAAUUUUUUUGAAGAUGGCACCACAUGCGAAAAGGAGAAUGAAAAAGGAGGACGACGACGAAAGAACACCAGCUCCUGAAAAUCUUGGUUCUGUAAAAGGGAAAGAAGCGAAAGCCAAGCGUGGUGGUGGAAGUACUGAAAAGCAAAUGUUGCGCGAGAAGAUAAGAGGAAUGUUGGUUGAUGCUGGAUGGAGUAUCGAUUAUAGGCCGAGAAGAAACCGCGAAUAUUUAGACGCCGUUUAUAUAAAUCCUAGUGGAACAGCUUACUGGUCGAUUAUAAAGGCUUACGAAGCGCUAAAGAAACAGUUGGAGGAAGAGAAUGGUAAAAGUGAUGCCAUUGUUGCAUCUCCUCUCUCUGAUGAUCUGAUAAACAAACUUACUCGGCAAACAAAAAAGAAAAUGGAAGAUGGCGCGAGCAAGAGUGUCAAGAAGCCAGCUGUUAAGCAAGCUGCAGAUGAUUCAGACAGCGAGAAUGAGGAUAAUGCUAAGAUUGGAAAAUCGGACCAAGAUAGCGAUGAUGAGGAAGAUGUGCCGAGAAGAAAGCCGGCGAAACAAAGAGCUGAGAAAUCUUCUGCUGCUUCGAAGGGUAAUAUCAUACAGGGAAGAACGAGUAAAGUUUUAGGGAGAUGCACACUUCUUGUUCGUGGUUCCGAGCAAGGGGGAAAUUCGGAUUCUGAUGGUUAUGUUCCGUACAAGGGGAAAAGAACCGUAUUGGCGUGGUUGAUUAACACAGGGACAGCAAAAUUGAGCGAAAAGGUUCAGUACAUGAACCGGAAAAGGACUCGAGUGUUGUUAGAAGGUUGGAUCACUAGUGACGGAAUCCAUUGUGGUUGCUGUAGCAAAAUCCUUACUGUUUCGAAGUUUGAGCUGCAUGCUGGAAGUAAGCUGCGGCAACCCUUCCAAAACAUAUUGUUGGAGUCGGGAUCAUCCCUUUUGCAGUGUCAGGUCGAUGCAUGGAAUGGUCAAGAUGUUUCCCUGUGCCGGGAUUUCCAUACUGUUGAUGUAGAUGGUGAUGAUCCAGAUGAUGACACUUGUGGUAUUUGCGGUGAUGGAGGUGAUUUGAUCUGUUGCGAUAGUUGUCCAUCGACUUUCCAUCAGAUUUGUCUUGAAAUACAGAUACUUCCUAAAGGUGAUUGGCAUUGUCCAAAUUGUAAGUGCAAGUUUUGCGGGCUUGUUGAGGGGGAGGUUGCUGAGGAAAAUCGUAGCGCUGGCAAUGAGCUUAAUCGAUGCAGUUUCUGUGAGAACAAAUAUCACAAAUCAUGCAGCGAAAGUGUGCUUGCUUCAUCCAUGAUUUCGAAUGGUGGAUCUUUCUGUAGUCCAAAGUGUCAAGAGAUAUAUGAACAUUUGCAGAAGAAUGUUGGAGUCAAACAUGAAUUAGAUGCAGGAUUUUCGUGGUCUAUUAUUCAACGAACAGAUGUUUCUGAUGCCUCACAACGUGGAUUUUCCCAAAGGGUCGAAUGUAACUCUAAACUAGCCGUCGCUUUAUCUGUUAUGGAUGAGUGUUUCUUGCCAAUCAUUGACCGGAGGAGUGGGGUUAACAUUGUACACAAUGUCGUCUAUAAUUGCGGAUCAAAUUUUAACCGGCUGAAUUUUAAUGGGUUUUAUACGGUAAUUUUGGAGAGGGGUGAUGAAAUAAUGUGUGCAGCAUCUAUCAGGCUCCGCGGAACUCAUCUUGCUGAAAUGCCAUUCAUCGGGACUCGUGAAAUGUACAGGCGGCAAGGAAUGUGCCGGCGCCUUCUGUCUGUGAUUGAAACCGAGCUUCGCUCUCUAAAAGUCGAACGACUGAUCAUUCCCGCCAUAUCCGAGCAUACGAGCACAUGGACUACAGUUUUUGGAUUCCAUAAACUCGACGAUGUUCACAAGAAAGAAAUUAAGUUAAUGAAUUUGCUGGUGUUCCCCGGCACCGAUAUGCUGCAGAAGCAGUUGCUGAAGCUCGAAAACUCCGAAGUGAAUAUAUCUGAAUCGACCAAGAAUCUCCCCAAAUUACCCGAUCUGGUUGAGAAAUUUGAUACGGAUUCACCACCGGAUCAUGCUCGACAGGCGAGCAGUGAUUCCGGGGUCGACGCGCCUGAGCUUUCUUCAAACCUCGACAAAGAAAGUGAAUCCUGUGCUCGCCCGAAACGCUCGCCUGUUCCAGAAAACGAUAAUUCUACAAAACUGCUCGAAACGACUAAUUCGGACUCGGCUGCUUGCGCAAUCGAUGCUGCCGGCGGGAAUUCGACAUGAGGUUAGGUUUGUGUUUCUUAGAUGUUAUUUGAUGCAGUGAGUUUUUGGUGUGUGGUGUUAUUAGGAUUUAGGAGAUAUAUAUAUAUAUAUACAUAGAUAUACAUAUAUGAUGAUUUUGGUUGAGAAUUUGAAAUGAUAUGGAUGAUGAAGAAGAUGAUGAUUUGAUUUGAUCUGUUGUAUAAGAGUAAGGUGGUUAUUUUAUGGUUA